UUUCAGACGUUUUUGUUCUCUGAACACAGUCAAAGGGUUUGGAUUGGAGAUGACUCUGCCUGUGAUACUGAUCGUAUUCACUGGAGCUGUUUGUACUUCUGCAGCAACGCCCUCCCAUGACUUCCACUACAUCUAUGGAUGCUAUGAAUCCGGCGAGGUGCGGGUGGACAUCCUCAUUGACGGGGACGUGGUCGCAUAUGCUGAUUUCAGCAAGAAAGAAGUGGUGUUUUUGAUACCUCGGCUGCCACAGUCUGUCAAAGACUUAAAGAAAAGGGCUUAUGAAGUUGCCGAAUCUAGCAUUACUCACUGUCGGAGUGUUUUGGGCAAAGCGGAAAAGGUUUCUCCUGGUGUAACCAUACCGCAAGAGGCUCCAGACAUCUCCAUCUACAGCCGGCACGAGGGCCACAACGGUGUGGUGAACACGCUCUUCUGUUUGGCCGAUCACUUCUACCCCCCCUCCAUCAACUUCACAUGGACAAAGAACGGGGCGAAGGUCACAGACGGGGUAUCGAAUCUGUGUUACAGCCACAACAGUGACGGGACGUUCCACAGAAUUUCAACACUGAGUUUCACCCCUCGGGAGGGAGACGUUUACUCCUGUGCGGUGAAGCAUCAAUCCUCACAUCGGCCCCUCACCAGGAGCUGGGAGCUGAAGGAGAGUCCGAGCCGAGUGAGUCCAGCAGCUGGAUUCUUCGGUGCGAGCCUCGUUUUGUGCCUGAUCGGAAUCGGGACCGGAGCCUACUUCUUCACCAAGCAGCCAGAUUAAUGCCUUCACAUUAGGGGUUUUACUGAGAGCAGCUCGAUCAGCAUUCAGCUAAGCACUUGUGUCUUUUAUAUAUAAUGCUUCUCUUUGAUUUGUUUGUAUUCUUAAACACAGACAGUUUUUUAUUGUUAUUUCAGCAGGUUUGUUAAAAAUCUCAGCCUCCUCUCCUCAACGAGGGUGGUUUUCUAUGUAUGUUAAAGAACUUCUAACUGGUUCUGAACCUGUCUCAGUUUAAUCCUGAUCCUCUAUAUGACCUACAUAAGAAAACCAUUGAGACCAUCAGUGAGAAGAUGGUCUAUUUCCACAUAGUUAUUCUUAACGCUUGUCAUCGGUGCCACCGUGUUAGAUUCUGCGCAA